CAGUCCCCUCUUGUGCUGCCGCUGCUGGCAGAUAGGGCUUGAGAGGGCGUGAUCCCAGCGGCUGCCGCGCUGACUGUUCAAUGCUUCAAACCCGUCCAAGGAAGUAACACUCUCCCCUUGGGGGAGGCUGUAAAAUGCAUGUUAUGAAUUGUCUCUCCUUGGUCAAUGAUAAAGAAAAUGGGGCUAUUCCAGUUGCAGCGGGAUUGAUGAGCGAGGAUACGACGACAGCGCCUCAACUUUCUCAGCCUGCCCCAUCAUCACCUCCUGCGCCAUGUCCCCUCACAGGGGCUCCCCCAGCCCCUCCGCUCCCCCCGGGAAUGCCGCCCCCACCACCACCCCCUCCUCCACUGCCUGGCCCCAGCAUACCUCUGCCUCCACAGCUGGUGAAUGGGCAUGACAGCCACGGCAAAAAAAAACGAAUGCGGAGCUUUUUCUGGAAAACUAUCCCUGAAGAACAAGUCCGUGGUAAAAACAAUAUCUGGACAAUUGCUGCAAGACCACAGUAUCAAAUUGAUACGAAGACAAUUGAGGAACUUUUUGGGCAGCAGGAGGAAGCCAAACCCCAGGACUCCCGAAACCGAUCUUUAAAGUCUUCAUUUAAAGAGACUAAAGAGGAGGUUUCCAUUUUGGAUGCAAAACGAAGUAUGAACAUCGGGAUAUUUCUCAAACAAUUCAAAAAGUCUGCCGAAUCCAUCAUUGAAGAUAUUUAUCAUGGAAGAAGUCAGCCCUAUGGUUCUGAACUGCUACAUGAAUUUCUUAAAUUAUUACCAGAAGCAGAGGAGGUAAAGAAAUUAAAAGCCUUUGAUGGAGAUGUAUCAAAACUGUCUCAAGCUGAUUCCUUCAUGUACCUACUAAUCCAGGUGCCAAACUAUGCUCUUAGGAUUGAAGCCAUGGUGCUGGAGAGGGAGUUCUCACCCUCCUGUGCUUCUCUACAGGAUGACAUGAAAAUUAUAAGACGGGCAACAAAAGAGUUAAUGACUUGUGAGGAGCUGCAUUCCAUAUUGCACUUGGUCCUUCAGGCUGGGAAUAUUAUGAAUGCGGGAGGUUAUGCUGGCAAUGCUGUUGGAUUUAAACUGUCGUCACUGCUCAAGCUGGCAGACACGAAAGCAAACAAACCUGGGAUGAGUCUGCUGCAUUUUGUUGCUCUGGAAGCCCAAAAGAAAGAUGCUGCUCUUCUCAACUUUUCAGAAAAAAUUAGGAGUGUUCAUGAUGCCGCCAGGUUAUCCAUUGAUAGUGUAGAAGCAGAGCUCCACUCGCUGUCUGUCAAGACAAGAUCUGUUAAAGACAGCAUCCGACGAGACCCAAAACUCUUUCACCAGAUGGAAAACUUUCUCCAGUUUGCUGUAAGGCAUCUAAAGGAGCUUGAACACCAGAAACGAGAACUGCAAAAGGAGGGAAAUGCUCUCAUUGACUUUUUCUGUGAAGACAAAGAAACUAUGAAGUUGGAUGAAUGUUUCCAGAUAUUUAGGGACUUCUGCAUAAGAUUCAACACAUCUGUUAAGGAGAAUAGGGAACGAGAGAUCCAGGAGCUUCAUAGUCUGCAAAGGCGAAAGGAGCUGGAGGAGAAGCGUCGAUCCUGGGCAGCUGGAGAGCUUGGGAGCUUUGGGCGAAGCAGCAGUGAAAAUGAUGUAGAGAUGUUGGCUAAAAAUGGACUUGGAGAAUUUCUUCCCUUCUUGCAGCAGAGGCCUCAAAGCCCUUUGUACAGAAAUACAAAUUCCAGACGCUCUCGACUUUCUUUGGGGAUCACUGCAGACAGGGAGUUGCAGAGUUUCCUGGAAAUCUCCAAAGAUGAGGAUCCAAACAAGUUUAACAGCCUUCCCCGUGCAAACACCCGACAAGCAAAACCUAACGUAGCCUGGACGGAAUCCAAAGAAACAAGAGAUCUCAACUUAAAUACCUUGCACUUACACCAGCAGUCUGAAAUGGAAGUGAAAAGUGGUGGCCCCGUGAAGGUGCUUCCAGCUCAGCCCAGUCACUCCAGCGUCUCAGCCAAUCCCGGUGCCCAUUACUCACAGAGGAGCACCGACUACACCUUGCACACUUCCAAUGUGUCCUGCGAGGGGUCCACAGAUGUAAAUGCUCUGGCCCUUGCAAUUGAGGAGCGUGAACUUGUUAAAGGGUUACGUAAGUUUGAUAUUCAAGGAGCAACGCCUGCAGAAGAUGCACCUUUAAUAUAUUUAGAGAAUGCUGGAGGGACAGACCUGGAGACUCUGGAUGAUCUAAGCUUCCAUUCUCUGAGCACUGCUGAUGAUGAGCUGCCUCCAGCUUGCAGGAGUUCCAGAGAGGCCCGUGACCAUCAAGCCAAGGCAGUGGGUUGCAAGAAUGAAGCUUUAGAGCCCAGCAGCAGCAGCCCUACGUCUAUGGAUACAAGUGUUUCAGGAAGCAGGGAAGAUGGGCCAGUGUGCUACAUGUCAGAUACCACGACUGAUUGUUCUUUGACAUUGGACUCUGAAGAGGGAAAUGAUUUUAAAUCAGCAGGCAACGAAAUAAGAAGUGAGCCUGGCAAAGCAUGCUCUUCUGGCAAUGAUGCUCAACACAAGGCUAGAUCAUUCUUCUCAAACCUGAAUUCCACCUCUGACAAGGACCUGUCUCUUCACACUUCUGCCAAUGAUAAGGAUGAUGCUGAUAGCAAGCACACCCUUCCUAAAGAAAAACCCAUAAAAAAUAAAGAUCUAGUAGGACCAAAGACAAACUCUCUAAAAGACCGAUCUCCAAGCUCCACAAAAUCCAGUGGCACUCGCCCUAGCCACACAGCUCCUUCCAGACCUGUCAGAACUUUGAAUGCCUCUGAGAAUGAAAGUAUGAGGAAAGUGGUACCUAUUUCUCGGUCAAACAGGGCACCCAGCAGCGUGAAAAAGCCGGAAGCCAAGCCAGCCCUUCGUGAAAGCAGUACAGUGGAAAAUCGGCUGUCUCAUCGCAGCUCUGUCCGAGGCACAACAGACACACUGCCAAGAAGUCCCUACAGGCACAGCAUGUCAGUAGAAGAGCCAAAGUUACGAAGGGGCACUGUCACCUCAAGCAGUGCUCAUUUUGAGAGGGACAGAGUUGCUCUCAAGAAGCCAGUCUCUAAACCCAUUAGGAGUAAUGUCAAAUCAAAGACAGAUGAAACAAAGAUGUGUCGCUCCAGUGUAAAACCCCAGACCCCUGCAGAUGACACCAAGGUUGCCACAGUCAGUAUUCCCAAAGCACCACCUGCUAUCCCAAACUUUGCAAGGAAUACAGUGGCCUCUUCUUCAAAGCGUGCAAAAGUGGAUCUAUCCAGCUCAUCCAGACCUCCACCCAUCACAAGGUCUGUGUCCCAGAGGCUGCCUAAAGUGAAGCCAGCAGCGACCUCUGAUGAUCCAAAUCCAAAGGAGAACAGCGUGAGUACCUUAAAGAGAGCAAGUAGCGCUAGAGUGGUUGGAAGAAGCAUCCUGCAGGGAGAAGCUGUCAGCACGAAAGCAGAGCCUGCACCAAAGGAACUGGGAACAGUGGAAAAGGCAUCUCUUAAACUGAAGGAUGCAAACCGAACCACAAUUGGUAAAAUCCUGAAGCCAUUAUUGAAAUAAGGGAGAGGGUUUUUUAACCUUGGAAUGUGAACACUUGUCCAAGCACUGGAUGUCUGUGUAGUGAAAUUCCUUAAAACACUAACCUUGCCAAUACAUGGCAUCAUGUGCUUAUUGAAGUAUGGCACACUGUUGAAAAAGGGCAAGUAGCUGUGUUCUGGUCUAAAUCCUUUUUUAUGAAUUUGAAUGUAUUUAAAGCUACUGUGAUGGAAUGUGAGCAGAACAGCAAAUCUUUGCAUUUGUGAUAAAAAAAAGUUACCAAAUGCCAAAAAGUUUUAAGAAGUUUUAACUACGAAAUGAAACACGUUGUGACAGAAAACAUGGAUUAAGGCCAGUUUUUUUGUGUACAUAAGAUUCUUCCUAGGACUCAAGCUUUUGUGCUUGUUGGUUUCUUAUUUGAUGUCAAAAUGAAUCCUGUGGAACAGUACUGAAAUUAACUGAGGUGAUUGUGCUUUCCAUUGCUUUCAAUUCCAUGGAUUCGGGAGCUCUUUUUGCCUGUUGCAAAGUCCAUUGCUGGCAAUUGGACAGACUGGGAACUGCUGGCCAAAAAAUUGUAAAACAAGACGUUUGCUGUUUAUGGCUGUCUUUAACCUCCCUGAAGAAUUUAUAGCAUGUUUUAUGAAUGUGUAUGUGUGUCUGGGGAAGGCUUUCUGCUGGGCAGGAGGCUUGUUCUCCAAGAAUGUGGCAGCAUUGUCUUGCAUGCACAAGUGGAUAUGGCUGGUGCUGCAUUGGGAUAGCACAGCUGGAGGCUGUGCCUGUUGGAAGGGCCAUUGGCAUGAUGACUACUUCUGACUUGUUUUGAUCACAAGCAAACUUGCCAGCUUUUGGUCAUACAGAAGUGCCAUAUAUUUAUGAUACAUAUCAGGAUGUUUGCAGUUCAGCUCUUGAAGGCUGCAAUGUAGUGCCGAGCACUUUCUUACCAUUCCAUGUUUCCACUGGUUUGUAUACUACUAAACUACUUGAAUGUUGCAAUGGCUUUGAUUGAGCCAUUAGUUUCCCUGCGUCCUCCUCCUCCUCCUCCUCCACUCCUUCUCCUUGUCAACAAGAAUAUUUAGCAUGAAACACAGAGCUUACGCAUGACAAUGUUUUUGUAGAGUUCUUUGGUUGCUUCAAAUGUGUUUUUUUAAGCUUUUUGCAAAGUAAAAACACCCCUUUUUUCCUGCAGGUACAAAUUUUAACUUCUGUCAAACUAAGAUACAGAGAAUGAGGCAAAACUCAUUCAGCAUGCUGUGCAUCUUCCCAAGAGGAAUGUAUUUAGGUGGGGAAAGUGCUGUUCUCCUCAGCAUUUUAUUUAAAGAAUUGCUUUUUAUUCACUUACGAAUGAAGCCUCAUUUAAGAAUAAAAUAAAAAACAAAAAGGAAAUCUCUUCGGACAAGUGGCAUUGACAUACUAGUGCUAGAUCUGUUUGUCUGCUCUGUCCCUCUGUGCUGGGAGAGUGUAAUUCAAUGAGAAUGAGCUCACAUGCUUCUCAUGGGCUGGUAUCAGGGACAGCUACCUUUGAGGUUUGAAUCUGGCAAGGGACUUUGGCUCCUCCCACAUACCAGCCAAUCUUGAUGCAGACAUCAUACCCAAACACCAUAAACUAUUGCACAGGGCCUCUUGUUUGAGUCUGUCCCACAGGGAGAAUUUAUAGAGCCCACUUUCUGCAAGGGCAAAUACUUUGCUUUUUGGAUAAGCUUUUUGGAUACUGCCUCCAUUGUGGGUUGGAUACAAGAGCAUCUCCCUUCUUAUUUGUAUCUGUGUGGAUAUAUGCACAUCUGCAAGAGCAGAUGAUUGACAUUUUUCCUUUCUUUUUUAAAGAAAUUUGCUACCAACAAAUUUCAUUGGUAGCAAGCUUGAAAAAUAAUUUAAAUGUGUUUGGAACAUGUAAAUAAAUUUCUAUAAAUCUGUGUAAAAGAAAACCAACUGUAUUUAAUGGAACAUUUAUACAUUUCGGAGUAACUUGGUAGUUUAAUAAAGUUCCCGUUUGCUGGGUA